AUGUCAGACUGCGAUAUAGGGUCAUGGUGCGCCUGGUUGGACGAGCUGCCGGCGCUGAUGAAUUUCCAAAUACCACGAUGCCUUAAACAAGGACAUCAGUCAGCGUCUACAGACAACGAGCUGCAUAUUUUCUGCGACGCGUCUGAGCAGGCCUAUGGCGCUUGUGCGUAUAUUCGGGUAGCAAGUGCCGGCCACGUCACAACAAUGCUUGUGAUGGGGAAAUCAAGAGUCGCGCCACUAAAGCCACAGAUUAGUGUGCCUAGACUGGAACUUAGCGCCGCCGUCGUCGGUUGCCAGCUGGGCUGCAUGAUAGAACGUGGACUGGAGCUGCGCGUCUCCCGCGUAGUCUUCUGGUCUGAUUCGAUGAUUGCACUGGCGUAUAUCAAGAACACGAAGACACGUUUCAAGACUUUUGUUGCCAAUAGGCUGACACAAAUUCAUGAGACUACGAAGCCGGACCAGUGGCGACAUGUGUCUACCAACGUGAAUCCAGCCGACCUCGCGUCACGGGGAUUCAGUGCUAAUGACACCGCUAAGCUGCAGUUUUGGUUGCAUGGCCCGACGUUUCUACUGGGUGACGAGAAGACCUGGCCGGCAGUAAACAAGGAGGAUGUUUCCCAGGCAACGCUUGACGAUGAGAUCAAGAAAGAAGGAGCAGUAAAUCUUAUUGAAGCUGCCGAGGAAUACAAUGUCAUCGGGGCAUUAGUCGAUCGACACUCGUCGUGGUAUCGGCUGCGACGUGCCUGUGCCUGGCUGCUGCGAUUUAAGACUUACUAUGUCAACAAAUACCUGAAGAAGGAAAAGGAACUUACCACCAGUCACCUGUCGGUUACCGAAUUGGAUGCCGCAUCGGCUGAUAUUGUGCGCUACGUUUAA